GUGCAGGUGGACCGUGUCUGUGCUGUGGAGCUGGACUUCUGGGGCAGUUGGGUCCUGUGGGCUUGGCUCGACGUCGUACGAGUCAGCCGAGACGAGAGAGACUCAACGCUCCAGGCGCGCCUUGCCAGGGCUGCAGCCACGCUGAAACUUUCGGAGUCGAUGGGCAAGGCCGGCGUCGACUUCCUGAAGCCGCUGGUGUCUGCCUGGGCAGCGCUGGUGCUCCGGCAAAGGAAGGCGAUGGCCGCGGCUGCACAACGAGUGUACGGCGUGGGCUCGGACACCCUGCAGAAGGUAUUCCAGGCGUGGCAGGAAAUCAAGAAUGCCGAGUUCGAGAACAUCAAGCGACAGCUCCGCAGGAAAGAGGAGGACUUCCAGGAGCUUCAAUCUCUUUCGUCACGGCUGUAUACUUUCUCGAAGCAUGCCAGCAGCCGUGUGGAGCACCUCGAAUCCGCUCUCCGUGCAGCGGAGAGGGCCCUCUUUGCCGGCCAAGACCGUGGCGAGGCCUUGGAGCGCGAGGUCCUCGGUUUGCAGAGCCAGCUGCAGCAAGAGGCAAUGAUCUCGGAGACCCGCCUCCGGCAGCAAGAGGUCGUUCUGCACAGCAGGUUCGAAGCCGAGCUGGGCCAAGCAACGGCUCUCGACCGGCGCCUUGCAGCAGAGCUCGGGGCGAGUGAGGAGAGCCAGGUGCGCCUGAGGCAGGAGUUGGGCGCUGAGCGGGCGGAAGCCGCAGAGGCGGACGAGCGUCUCCAGGCUGAAGUCGAAGUUGCGUUGUCGGAGGCUGAGGACUUCGAAGCCACAGCGCACCGGCAUCGCGAGGAGCGCCGUGCGGCGGAGGAGGAGGAAAAGGCACAUCGUGCCGAGGCUGCGGCACAUCGUGAACGGCUUCAAGACCUGGAGGCUUCGGCUGCUGGACAGGCACUUGCGGCGUCACGGCAGCAUAUGCCGCCGCCAGCACAACCGCCACCAACUCGAACUGAGGCAGCGGGCUUGGCACAGCCUUCAGCGUCCUCGACCUUGCAACGGCCUGAGGUGGAUCGGAAGGAGCCUGCAUCGGGAAAGCUUGAGGAGCCCCAGCCAUCAGCGACAACACAGCUGCAGCAGCCGCAGCAGCCGCAGGAACAGCCGCCGCCAGCAGAAGCAAUUGUGCAGCAUCAGCAGGACAGCAAGCCGCCUGGGGAUGAAGCGGCUUCUGCAGGUGCUGAUCAGGCAGAGGAAGAUGGCUACACGAAGGAGGAAUGGAUGGACUUCUUCGUUGAGGAAGGCCUGGGUUCGGAUCAGCUGGCAGUACUGGACCAGAUCUUCCAGAAGCUCGACACAUCAGGAGAUGGUGUCCUUUCUGCUGACGAGCUGAGCGCGGCUCUAAACGAUCGAUCGCUGAAGAUGUCUGAAGAGACGCGGCAAGCCCUUGUAGACUUCAUGUACGACGUGGCUUGA